AUGCCAAAGUCCUCCGGAGACGCCAAUCCUGCCCCAGCCACACUUGAGCAUGAAGAGAUGAAAAUGCUGUUCAAUUCCCUUGCGCCGAAUAGGAAUAAUGGCAAAGACUGUCAGGAUGGCCAGUAUGACCAGUUGAAUAAGGAAGUUCAAAAGUUCGAACCAGAUGAAGAAACCGGACACACUUUCGACUACUGGUAUAAAAGGUACGGCCCAAUGAUUCGAGAGUCGAGUGUGCCAGAUAGCAAGAAGAGAGAUCUUAUUCUGUUGAAACUGGAGGAUAGCGCGUAUCGCAGGUAUGCAGACGAUAUUCUUCCGUUACAACCGCACGAGAUUGACCUCGAUUCCACAGUAGCAAAGCUCCAAAAGUUAUUCGCAUCCAAGAAAACGCUAAUUCGUCGACGAUAUGAGUGUCUGAAGAUAACCUGCCCAGCACUGACUCCAGACAACAUACCGUUUCGAGAGUACGCUAAUAUGAUCAAGCGGAUGGACGAAGAAGCUUGCUUGAAGGAAAUGGACUACACGGCGCUGAAGACUUUGCAGUUCGUCGCAGGUCUUCAGGACCCUUCACUCCAGGAAGUACGUCUUCGAAUGCUGCGUAGGCUCGAUACGCAAGCGGAAGACGCGCCGUUGACAAUCGAAGAUCUCGUUGCUGACUGUGAAAAUUUCACAGCCUUGAAGAUGGAUAACGCCAAUAUGGGAACAAGCCAUGACAUCCAUGCUGUUCAGAAAAAGAAGGUCAAAUGCUUCGGAUGUGGAGGACCACAUUUUAAGAGCGCUUGUCCACUUCUCAAACAGAUCUCCAAGAAACCGAAAAGGCAGCACCACCGUCCUGGUGAUCAGUCCGGCUCAUUUACAACUCAAAAUGAGGCUUAA